UGCCGUGAGUGUGGGAAAACCUUCAAUCGCAGCUCACACCUUAUUGCCCAUCAGAAAAUCCACACAGGGGACAGGCCCUAUAAAUGCUGUGAGUGUGGAAAAUGCUUCACUGAGAGUUCAGACCUUUCUGUACAUCAGAGAAUCCACACAGGGGAGAGGCCCUUUGAAUGCCGUGAGUGUGGGAAAACCUUCAAUCGCAGUUCACACCUUAUUAGGCAUCAAACAAUCCACACAGGGGACAGGCCCUACGAAUGCAGUGAAUGUGGAAAAUGCUUCACUAGCAGCUCAAACCUUUCUCAACAUCAGAGAAUCCACACAGGGGAGAGGCCCUUUGAAUGCCGUGAGUGUGGGAAAACCUUCACUUACAAAUCAGGCCUUUCUAGACAUCAGAGAAUCCACACAGGGGACAGGCCCUAUGAAUGCAGAGAGUGUGGGAAAACCUUCAAUCGCAGAUCAGGCCUUUCUAGACAUCAGAGAAUCCACACAGGGGACAGGCCCUAUGAAUGCAGAGAGUGUGGGAAAACCUUCACUCAAAGAUCAGGCCUUUCUAGACAUCAGAGGAUCCACACAGGGGAAAGAUCCUACGAAUGCCGUGAGUGUUGUAAAACCUUCAGUCGCAGCUCGCACCUUAUUAGUCAUCAAACAAUCCACACAGGGGACAGGCCCUAUGUAUGCAGUGAGUGUGGGAAAACGUUUACUCAAAGAUCAGCCCUUUCUAUUCAUCAGAGAAUCCACACGGGGGAGAGGCCCUAUGAAUGCAGAGAGUGUAGGAAAACCUUCACUCACAGAUCAGCCCUUUCUAGACAUCAGAGGAUCCACACAGGGGAAAGAUCCUACGAAUGCCGUGAGUGUUGUAAAACCUUCAGUCGCAGUUCACACCUUAUUAGUCAUCAAACAAUCCACACAGGGGAGAGGCCCUAUAAAUGCAGAGAGUGCAGGAAAACCUUCAAUCACCGCCCACACCUUAUUACCCAUCAGAGAAUCCACACAGGGGAGAGGCCCUAUAAAUGCUGUGUGUGUGGAAAAUGCUUCACUAAAAGUUCAGCCCUUUCCAGGCAUCAGAGAAUCCAC